AGAGAGAGAGAGAGAGAGAGAGAGAGAGAGAGAGAUGCAUUGUUAGUAAGGUAAUGUUAAUGACGGAGUGAGUGUGUUGUAUGUCGCAGUAAUCAGCUCUGUGUAAGAGUCAGACCGUGAAACAGGAAAGUUUAGAUCGGAUUUGAGUCUGACAGGAGCGCUGAAUAAACUGGAGUAAUGAGUGAGGAAUAAAGAGUAAUGAGUAAUGUAAUGUGACUGUAGCGUAGCUCUCAGCUCGUCCUAGCAGAACCUGAGGUGGGACGAGCGAUGGUCCGUGUCGUUUGCAGGUCGCAGGCCCAGCGUUGUUCAUGGCCACCAGCGUUCCCAAACCAGGCCCUGAAAAUGGCCAGCCCAUGAAGGCUCAACUGCAGAUCACUGUGAUGUCUGCCAAGCUGAAGGAGAGCAAGAAGAACUGGUUCGUUCCCAGCCUGUAUGUGGAGGUGACUGUAGACGGCCAGUCCAAGAAGACGGAGAAGUGCAGCAACACCCACAGCCCCAAGUGGAAGAACCCUCUCACUGUGAUCGUGUCGCCCUUCAGCAAGCUGAACUUCCGCGUAUGGAGCCAGAAGGCGCUGAAGUCCGACCUACUCUUGGGCACGGCCACGCUCGACAUCAGCGAGGCGCUCAAGAGCAACGACAUGAAGCUGUGUGAAGUGACGCAGACGCUGACACUGUGCGCAGACAAGGAGCAGACGGAUGUUGUUGGAGAUCUGUUUGUUCAUCUGGACGGCAUGCAGGUCGACCCGGAAGCGUUCGCCUCCGCCUCCGCUGAGGCUAAUAAUAACACCAUGUCAAACGGAGAGUCACAGCAGAGUGAGGACGUCAGCACGAGGAGGAGCAGGGAGGGUUCUCCGAACAUAGCAGGCAUUCCUAAUGGACGUGCCGUCAAUGGAACCGGCUCUCCCUCCAUUUCAAAUCGAGGGUCACGACCCCAGAGGCCACCCAGACCCUCUCGACCACCGCCUCCAACCCCACACCGACCGCUGUCCUCUCCGGCAUGCCCCUCUAAUGCUUCAGUCACAGACGGCAGCAGCUCGACUCAGCCAGAGACACCAGUGCGGAUCCCUGGCCCCACCCCUGGUCCUGCCCCUGGCCCCACCCCUGGCCCCACCCCUGGCAUCUCUAUCGCACCUCUGCCGAACCAGAUGCCCAUCACGAACACCGGGCCUCUGCCACCAGGGUGGGAGCAGCGGCAGGACCAGAGCGGACGUGUGUACUUUGUGGACCAUGUGGAGAAGAGGACGUCAUGGGAGAGACCUGAGCCUCUGCCUCCUGGUUGGGAGCGGCGCCUGGACCAGUCGGGACGUGUGUAUUUUGUAGAUCACGUGAGCCGGACAACGACGUGGCAGCGUCCCACUGUGGAGACGGUGCGCAACUACGAACAGUGGCAGCACCAGAGGAGCCAGUUACAGGGGGCCAUGCAACAGUUCAACCAGCGCUUCAUCUGCGGCGUGCAGGAUCAGGCUGCAGCCCCUCAGAAUAAAGAGUAUGACCCACUCGGCCCACUGCCACCCGGAUGGGAGAAGAAAAAGGACGCUAACGAUCGAGUGUAUUAUGUGCACCACCCGACUCGCUCCACGCAGUGGGAGGAUCCACGCUCUCAAGGGCUGCUGAACGAGAAGCCGCUACCCGAGGGAUGGGAAAUGAGGUUCACCGUGGAAGGCAUUCCGUACUACGUGGAUCACAAAAGGAAAACCACCACCUACAUCGACCCGCGGACCGGAAAAUCAUCAUUUGAAAACGGCCCUCAGAUCACCUACGUGCGUGACUUCAAAGCCAAAGUUCAGUACUUCAAAUUCUGGUGUCAGCAAUUAGCGCUGCCACAGCACACCAAGAUAGCAGUGAGCCGCAAAUCACUUUUCGAAGACUCCUUCCAGCAGAUAAUGAGCAUCAGUCCCCAAGACCUUCGCCGAAGACUGUGGAUCAUCUUCCCCGGGGAGGAAGGACUCGACUACGGUGGUGUCGCAAGGGAGUGGUUCUUCUUGGUGUCCCACGAGGUGCUGAACCCCAUGUACUGCCUGUUCGAAUACGCUGGCAAGGAUAACUACUGCCUGCAGAUCAACCCGGCUUCAUCCAUCAACCCAGACCACCUCAAAUACUUCCGCUUCAUCGGACGCUUCAUCGCAAUGGCUUUGUUCCACGGGAAGUUCAUCGAUACAGGCUUCUCGCUGCCUUUCUAUAAACGUAUUCUUAACAAGCCUCUGACUCUGUCAGACCUUGAGUCCAUUGACCCCGAGUUCUAUAAUUCACUCAUCUGGAUCAGAGACAACAAUAUUGAGGAGUGCUGUCUGGAGAUGUUCUUCUCAGUGGAUAAGGAGAUCCUCGGGGAGGUCACAACGCACGAGCUGAAACCAGACGGAGGCAACAUUCAGGUCACAGAGGAGAACAAGGAGGAGUACAUCGGGAUGGUAGCAGAGUGGAGGUUGUCCCGAGGUGUAGAAGAACAGACGCAAGCUUUCUUCGAGGGCUUUAACGAGGUCCUGCCUCAGCAAUACCUGCAAUAUUUUGAUGCCAAAGAACUCGAGGUGUUGUUGUGCGGGAUGCAGGAAAUCGAUCUGGCAGACUGGCAGAGACACACCAUCUACAAACACUACACACGCACCAGCAAGCAGAUCGUGUGGUUCUGGCAGUUGGUUAAGGAGAUGGACAACGAGAAGCGAAUGCGUCUGCUGCAGUUCGUCACCGGUACCUGCCGUUUACCCCUGGGCGGGUUUAAUGACCUCAUGGGGAGUAACGGCCCACAGAAGUUCUGCGUUGAGAAAACGGGGAAGGAGAACUGGCUGCCCCGGAGUCACACGUGCUUUAACCGCCUAGACCUUCCUCCGUAUAAAAGCUACGAGCAGCUAAAGGAGAAACUGCUGUUCGCCAUAGAGGAGACCGAGGGCUUUGGGCAGGAGUGACACGCACGGACGAUAUAAUACCAUGAUGCAGCACAGAAACAAAUUCUUCUCGUUAGAUCUGGAGAAAUCUGGAACGAGGAGCUUUUUCUAGUUCAUGUCCGCGGUUCUCAUUUCCUUCUUAACAGGGGAUUAAAUCCAUUUUUACUGUUGGUCAAAGAAAGAAAACAUCACCACAUGACCAACUAUAAACUCUCAAUUUGUUAAGAGCUGAAAUUAUUCACCGGACUACCGGGAGUUGUUUGGGCAUGAACAUAUUUGGCAGGAUCAGGAUCGUGGGCAUUUAGUUGUAAUAAAAGUUUAGAACUUUUCACAAUUUAAACAAAAUAAAAUAAUAUGGUGGUUAUAUUGCAAUAUUAUUUAUAUAUAACUGCAGUCUUUUGAUGACAUCAACCGGGAUCAGUCGCACGACCCAGCAGAUGGUUUAGAGACUGGCUGGAAAAUUAUUAUUGUGUUACUUUGUGCAGCUCUACUUAUAAAAUUACUUAUAUCACUAAUCCAGACUAUAAUUCUUUUAUGAAGUGACAGAGUGCGUUCAGAGUGCGCUCCUGAAGAGAAAAAUCAAGACGGAGUCUCAUUCUAAAGUCAUGCUAUACAAACACAAACGUUGUACAUGAAGCUUUUUUUUUUUUUUUUUUUUUGAAGUAAAUGGAAGUGGAGUUUGAGAUGCAGGCAAAUACUGCAAAAUAGCUGGCUGGCCUUGGUCUCAGAAAUGCUCUGUAGUCUGCCCUCAGAAUCUCUUUAGUCCUAUAACUCCCUUUAGUUUGGCCUCAGAGCCCCUAGUCUUAAGAACUUGUUUAGUCCAGCCUUGGGCACGCUUUAGUCAAAGGCUUCCUUUUAGUUGGGCCUUGGACUCUCAUUCUCAGAACUGCCUUUAAUCCAGCUUCAGGACUAUCUCGAGUCCUAGAACUCUCCAAGUCCAAGUCCAGAUUAAUGUCUCUUUUGAGCCCUAGACCUCUGUUUAGUCCAGCCUAGGACUCUUAGUCCUAGAACACGCUUUAGCCCAAGAGGCCCAGGACUCUUUAGUACUACAAUUCUUUUAGUCUGGCCUCAGCCGGCAUAGUCUUUAGGUACUAGUCCUAGGAACUCGAUUUAGUCCAGCCUUGGGCACACUUUAGUCCAUUUAGUCAGGCCUUGGACUUUCUUCAGCCCUAGAACUGACUUUAGAGAGAUCCAGGAACAAAGUCUGGCCCUGUACUCUGUUUAAUGUGGCCUCAAGACUCUCGAGCCCGAGAACUCUUAACCCAAGCACUCUCUUUAGUCCUACAGUUCUUUUUAAUCUAGCUUAAAUGUUUCAGUCCAGACCUUAACAUUAAUACAUUUCACAGCUGUGUUAAUUGUAAGGAAAGGUUUAUAAGUAGCGCUGCAUAAGGACAGAGCUGUAUUGCUAUACUGCGUGCUAAAGUGAAACCUUAAUGUGACUUGGCCUUUAAAGAAAAAGUUAUAAUCUUUUAUUAGCGUGAAGGCACCAGUGAGCAAUACAUUUUGAAACAUCACUAGUGAAACUAACAUCUCACACACACAGUUCGCUUUCAGCAAUAAAAUACUUAAUUUCUCACAGAUGGAAAGCAGGUGCUGCUUGUCUACACUCUUAAUGCCCUCUGUUUUAUAGGGAGUUUAUUUCUAAAUGUCUUUUAGUUUCAUUUUCUGGCACGUUACUGGAUUUGUGCCGAUAGCCAUUUAUAGAUCGUGUUUAAUUUGUACGAUAUUGUUAUUAUGGAUAAGGAGUACUGUAAUAGUACAGAAGGUAGUAAGAACAGGGAUAAGUAAAUAUUUCAAAGCAGUAGUUAAUUAAACGACUAAAAAGGACACCACCAUACCAAUAAUACAAACUGUGAUAAAAACCAGUAAAUAAUCGGCACAUGACUGGUUCGUACCCAAAAUAUCACUUUAGUGCAUUUGAAAUAUUGGUCUUUACCACGGGAGUGAUUCAGAUCGUAUAAGUACAAAGAUAUUGAUCUUUAGAUUAAACCUGAUCUAGAUCAGCACCUGAUUUCUUCAAUCAUCACACAUCUACGCAUGCUCUCUCUGUACAUGGAACAAAAACGUAAGAAAGAUGUAGCCUGGUUUAACACUACAACUGUGGGGUGUUUUUAUUCCUUUCAUCAGUUCUGGUUAUUUUUCAUUUUUUCAGGAUUAAGCACAGCUCUCAUCCCCUUACUGAAUCGAACACACUUGUGAUCAUAAAUAAGAAGCAGGAGUCUUCGGUUUCCCGCUGUAUGUAAACCUCACGUUGACACCAACGUUAACGCGACCCUCGGUUAUGGUUUCUUUUCUAUCGACGUUAAAUACCGGCUACUGAAACUAAACUCUGUAAACUAUACAUCAACUAAAAUAUUGUACAUGGUGUGAAUAAUUCUCUAUGAAACAAAUCCUUUUACAAUGCUCCUCUAAAGUUUCUGCACCCUCAUUGGUCGAUUUAUAUGUACAGUAAAUUGUGUAUAAAUAAAUAAAAACAAAUAAUAAAAAAAGCCUUUGAUUUUUGGUGUA